AUGGCAGAGCUGCUUACGGAUGAAUACAGUUUGCAGAGAGGCCAAACGGGCGAUGUCAUGUUCCUGAAAGCCGAGCUCGAGAGCAUGCAAGCUGCAAUGGAAAGGGUGUCGGAGGCACCUGUAAAUGACAACCAGGUUAAUAUAUGGGCAAGUGAGGUGAGAGAGCUGUCCUACGACAUCGAGGACAGCAUUGAUCAGUUCAUGGUGCGCGUUAAUGUACAUCCAUCAGCCACACCGGAGCCGGAGGGAUUCAAAGGUUUAAUUGCUAGGAGCUUGAGAUUGUUGACAGAAGCCGAGACUCGGCAUCAGAUUGCCACAGAAAUCAGAGAUAUGAGAACCCUAGUCAAAGAGGUGGCUGUGCGCCGCAAUAGGUACAAGGUUGACAGUUCUGUCACCACACCUUCUGCUGCUCCAGGAAUUGACCGUCGUUUGCACGGUAUCUAUGAAGAAUCAGCAAAGCUCGUUGCAAUCAGUGGGCCAAGAGAAGAGCUAGCCGAAUUGCUAAUGGUUCGUGAGGGCACAUCCAAGAAACUGAAAGUGAUCUCUAAUGUCGGAGUUGGCGGUUUGGGUAAGACGACUCUUGCUAAUGUGACGUACCGACAGCUGAAGGGGCAAUUCGAAUGCAAUGCUUUUGUGUCAGUGUCUCUCAAGCCUGAUUUGAAGAGGAUUCUAGGCAGCAUACUCCGUCAAGUCUAG